GCAUCAUGUCCAUUAUGUUAUUCCAUAUGACGGGGAUCAGUCAGUGGUGGACUCCUCGGAGAAUUACUUUGUGACUGACAAUGUAACCAAGCAAGAGAUUGAUCUGAUGCUGGGACUUUUGCUGGGCUUUUGUAUAAGCUGGUUUCUGGUGUGGAUGGAUGGGGUUCUCCAUUAUGCAGUGCGAGCCUGGAGAACUAGCCGACGGUAUGACAAUUCCUGGUCUUGGAUUCCAAAAUUUUGUAACUUAAAGGAGUUCAGAAAACGUCAUCACAGGCAGUACGAGGAGGCGACUGGGAACAUGGUGCACAUCAAACAGAAGCUGUACCAUAAUGGGCACCCUAGCCCGCGGCACCUCUGA